AUUGAACGACAGGAGACGCACUGGAGAGAAAACUGUGAGCUUUAAAGGGUCUGCUGCGGUUUGUUUCGUCGACCAUGCGUCAAUACUGGUCAAUAAGUAUGUGGGUCACAACACUGGUGGUGGUUCUGCUGGCAGGCUGUCAGCCACGUGUAUCGGCUGACUGUGACACUGUGGAUCCACCACCGGAGGUCUUGCAGCAGAAUGGCACUCUGUAUGCAGCCUGCAAAAUGAGGCCCAGCACAUCACUAGCUGAGGGUCUGCCCAAAGUUUAUGGUCAAGUGCUGUUUAAGCAGGAUUAUCCUGAGGGAAAGCUCAAAGUCCUUCUCCGCUCCAGUGGGUUUCCCAGAGGGAGCAAUCCAGAGCCCAGAGCGAUACAUAUUCAUCAGUAUGGAGACCUGAGUCGGGGCUGUGACUCCACCGGUGGCCACUACAAUCCAGACGGCGUAGAUCACCCCAACCACCCUGGAGACUUUGGUAACUUUGACUCCCAACAAGGAAAAAUCAAUACAAUGAUUGAAUCUGAGGCAACAUUGUUCGGAAGUCAGUCUGUGAUUGGAAGAGCUGUGGUGAUCCAUGAAAAGAUAGAUGACUUAGGCCGUGGUGGGGAUGCUGGGAGCCUGCUGCAUGGAAAUGCAGGCCGGAGGCUUGGCUGCUGUAUUAUUGGGAUAACCUCCCCCAAUCUCUGGAAUAUGUAUGCUAUGAGGAGAAAUUAAUCCCACAGUAAUGGCAUACACUUAAAGGUUUUGCCUUUGUUUUCAUUCAUUGUAUUCCUUGUCUGAUACUCAAAAAAAAUCAAUGACCAAAUCAACUCUGAUUCUCUAAAGAUUAAACAUCACAGCUUGUUGUGGUCUGUUCUAGCAACUUGUGACCACAUCCAGCUGUGAGGUUUAGUGCAAUGCCACAUCACUGCUGUGCAGGGUG